AUGUGGUUUGCAAACUGCAAUGAUGAGGGUGUGAUUCACAGUAAAUAUUUCAACCCUUUACCAGUUGAAAUUCUUGUGCUUAUACUCACAGCGAUUGAAUGUUGCAUCAACAAGUGGAUAACCAGGGUGAAGGAAGACAUAAAAUUCUCAUUGGCAACUUAUUCUCCAAUCUACCUUGUUCAUCUCAGUUCCUUACAGCAGUUUGAUGAGCGCACAUCUGGUUAUAAACUGCUAGGUAAAUUUGGUGCUAAUAUCCUUGAGGUUGCUCGGCUCCAUGCUGGUGUGAACUCACUGGCUGCGCAGGCGACACCCAUCGGCUUCACAGAUGAUGUAUUUGAUGAUGCAAUUCAAGAGUAUGAAGCCGAGGCUAGAGAUGCACGAGAGCCUGAGGGGGCUGCAGAGGUGUAG